AUGGUGCAACAUGUCCUUGAAUGGAACCCAGGAGUAUAUGAUUCAGGCGCUCUAUGUGCUGCUGUCCUCUUUGCAUCGAACCACCAGAACACAACGUAUCUCCAGAGGCCUUUACAAAAUCGACCAAACCCAAAACAGGUGUCCCAUUCAGAGCAUAGAGCCUUUGGUCUAGCUGCUUGGAGUGGCGAUAUGGAAGUGCUGAAGACACUGUGCUGUCAAUUAGGGGCAUCGGUUGCAACAAACCUCACUUCUGAUGACGUUGAUGGACCUUACUAUGAUGCAUUUGAAGGUGAAGUACAUCUGAAUGAUUGGGAAAAUGGAAAUCAUGAACUGCCGUUUUGGCAUGAUGAUGACAUCAACCUCGAAGUCACGGAACCACUUUCCUUCAUUUUGCGGUCACUAACAUGGAUAACAAAACUCCAGAAACUCGGUUAUCGCCAUGAUGAGCAUUCAAUAGCCGUAACCAUCAACCCCAGUAAUGAGGAGAUCAUCAAACUCCAGGUUCUACCUCGAAGCCCGCAGAGGAAGAAGUUCUCUAAGGAGGCUAUAAAAGACGGGAAGCUCGCCAUCAUGGAUCUUCUGCUAAAGGCAGGUGCUGAAGUCAACGCACCAGCAGCGAGAUCGUUAGGGGCCACAGCCCUGCACCUUGCUGCGAUCAAAGGAAUAAUUGGGACUGUGAGAAUGCUAAUCGAUAUGGGAGCUGAUGUCAACGCACCUUGCGCAGAGGAUGGUGGAAGAACUGCCCUGGAAGAUGCGGCUGAGCACGGGAGGAUAGACAUGAUUCAGUUUCUGUUGACAGAAGAAGCUGAGACUGGCGGGAGGAACCGACUGCAUACCUUCGAGCAAUCAAAUUUGCAGAAGAGGAAAGGCAUGUGGUUGCGGAAAGCAUGCUACGACACCACCGCGAUUGGACUGCUGCUGAUGACAGGCUAUGGUACGUGUUGGGUAAAUCUGUUGGAUGGCGAAAUUAUGGGAGGUUUCCUAGGCGUACGCUUGACGCGUUCGAUCCCCUGGGGCUUUGGGAUAGCGAUGACGAGAGCUAGAAUUCGCUUGAGCAGAAGUGAAACAGUUUAA